CAUGUCGGGAGGACAUCCCCACUAGAUGAAAAUGCAUUUCCAAAUCUUCACUUUAUGCCUUGGAUUUGUGGUACUGUAUCUUAGUGCCUUUGCCUCUAGCCACCAUUGUAAAAUAGAGGGUCAGUUUGCUGACUGCAGUCACUUGAGGCUUUUGGAGGUCCCUUCAGAUCUACCAGACAACAUCACCAUCCUGAAUCUCUCUCACAACCAGCUGAGGCGCUUACCUUCUUCUAUACUAUCCAAGUACAGACAACUCCAGAAUCUGAGGGCUGGAUACAAUGUCAUUCCUAAACUGGAAGAGGGUCUGUGCAAGAGUCUGCCCUUCCUGCAAGUGUUAAAUCUGGAACACAACCAGUUAAGCCAUCUGAUUCUACCCUAUUUCCUUUAUUGUGCCAACCUGACUGAACUGUAUUUACAGUUUAACAGGGUCAAAGAGAUUACAGCUGAACCCUUUAAAAGCCUUCAGAAAUUGGAGAUUCUAGACAUGUCUCGCAAUAUACUGGUUUCUGCCAAACUGGGUUCUGAGCAGCAGUUGCAGAAUCUACAGGAACUGGUAUUAUCAGGAAACAAACUGCCUUUGUUGAAGGCAAAUGAUUUUGCAAUCCUAAAAAACAGCACCUUGCAUCACCUGGAUCUAUCCUCUAAUAGACUAAUGAAGUUUGAAAAAGACUGUUUUCGCAUUAUUGGAAGCUUGCGUGGCCUGUGGUUGGAAAACACUGUCCUUACUAAUCUUACUGAGGAGCUUGUUGGACAAUUAUCUGGAACAGAUAUUACUGAGCUCUCCCUGAGGAACACCCACCUUAAGAUUAGCCAGACUACUUUUGCUGGAUUACAGGGAACAAACUUGACAUCCCUUGAUCUUUCCAACAAUGGAAUAAAUAGAUUAGAGGAUAAUUCAUUUAAAUGGUUACAAUACUUAGAAUAUCUCAACAUGGAGAACAACAAGGUAAAACGUGUUACUGCACACAUGUUUGCUGGGUUGAUGUAUUUGAAGUCUUUGAACCUGAAGAAAUGCCUUACAGAGCAAAACUCCCCUACUACUGGAGGUUCCACCAUUGAAGCUUACUCGUUUCAGUGGCUAAAGAGCUUAGAGUACCUCAAUCUGGAAGACAAUACUAUUGUUAAUAUAGCUCCGCAAACUUUCACUGGCUUGACAAGUCUGAAAUAUCUAAGUUUGUAUAACUCUUCAGCAAAUUUAAAAAUAAUCAGUAAUUUAACAUUCAUGUCUCUCGCUGACUCUCCUCUUGUUGUCUUAAAUCUGACAAGAACACGAAUUUCCAAACUGGAGAGUGGAGCGUUUUCCAGUUUCAGGAAUCUUAAGAAACUAGAUCUAGGAAUUAAUUCAAUUUAUCAGCCCUUAACCGGAGAAGAAUUCCAAGGCCUCGACAAAAUAGAAGAGAUCUAUCUUUCAUAUAACACUGAAUUGACUUUGAAGUCAUCUUCAUUUGAUCACGUUCCUACUAUGAAAGUCUUAAUGCUGAGUAGAACAAAGAUCGUCAAUUUGAACCAGGAGCCAUCGCCAUUUCAUGGCCUUCGAAACCUCACAGUGCUUGACCUUGCCAACAACAAUCUGGCUAAUUUGGGCCGAGAUGUGUUCAGUGGACUUCAGAAUCUUCAAGUGUUGAAACUGCAACACAAUAACCUGGCUCGACUAUGGAAAAAAGUCUAUCCUGGCGGCCCAGUUCUUUAUCUCAAUCCCUUAAAGGAGCUUUGGAAGCUUAAUUUACAAUCGUGUGGAUUAGAUGAGAUCCCAGGCAAAGCUUUCCAAGGCUUGGCUAAAUUAGUUGAAUUAGACUUAAGUUCAAACAACCUGAACAUUCUUCCACAAAAUAUAUUUAAUGAUUUGCGAUCUCUCAGUAUACUGAGGAUACCGAAAAAUCUUGUUACGUCUGUUGAUAGAGAAAUCUUUGAAUCAGUAUUUGAUAAUUUAACAACUCUCUACAUGGCAUUCAAUCCAUUUGACUGUACUUGUGAAAGUAUUGCUUGGUUUGUUAGUUGGCUUAAUAAGACAAAUAGCAGUAUUCCAGGUUUGAACAAUCAAUAUAUUUGUAAUACCCCUCCAAAGUACCACAAUAAUUCAGUUGUAACUUUUGACAUAUCUCCCUGUAAAGAUCGUGCUCCUUUUGAAACUCUAAGCAUAAUUAGUAGCAGUAUUGUGCUUAUCUUCAUGUUUACCGUACUUGUAGUUCAGUUUCAAGGAUGGAGGCUAGAAUUCUACUGGAACAUUUCUGUCAAUCGAAUGUUUGGAUUUAGGGAAACAGAUCGGACAGAAAUUAAGUUUGAUUAUGACGCUUAUAUCAUUCAUGCAAAACAUGACAGUGACUGGGUAGAGAAGAACUUAAUACCUUUAGAGGAAAGCGAUCAAUCUGGGUUUCAGUUUUGUUUGGAGGAACGUGACUCUGAAGGUGGCAUUUCAGAGUUGGAAUCCAUUGUGAGCAACAUAACCCAAAGCAGAAAAAUCAUCUUUGUCGUGACUCAAGAGCUUUUAAAGGAUCCCUGGUGCAGAAGGUUCAAGAUUCAUCACGCGAUGCAGCAAGUUAUUGAGCAAAGUCGAGAUGCCAUGAUUUUGAUAUUUGUGGAAGACAUCCCAGAUUAUAAAUUGAACCACAUGCUUCGGAUCCGGAGAGGGAUGUUCAAGUCACAUUGUAUUCUGACCUGGCCUGCUCACAGAGAGCGAGAAGCAGCUUUCCUGCAGAAGCUUAUGAUUGCAAUUGGCUCAAGUAACCGAGUACAGUAGCUCUCGAUGUACAUCAGUGAAAAACUUAAGUUUUGGGAACUUUGGACCCCACAUUGGCAACAACACUUUUACAACCACGGAUCAAUGAAUGAGCUCUAGAGAGUACAUUUAUUACUGUGAAAAGUUGUUUUACUCCAGGUCAAUGGUAGUCAGUUACCCAUAUUUAGUUUUGCAAUCAUAGUUUAAUUUAAACUUCAUACAGCCUCUUUAUGUAUGGCUUUUUAGCAUAUUUUCAGCAUAACAGAAGUCCACUCUGUUAGCCAAUUGGCAUGGGUUGCGGUUUUAAAUACGAAAUGAUGCCUGCAAAUAUUGUCCAAUAGAUCAACGCCCUGUUAAGUAUACUACACCACCAUUUACACCACACUCCAAAUUUAGCUUGACCAAUGAAUAAUGAAGCCUUUAGAAGUGAGGCUUUACACAAAGUCAGAGAAACAUAACAUUUUCCCCAAUACUUCAAUACUUUAGUCAGUAGAGAUUUCUGAUUCAUUUUUAGCUUUGCUUCCAGGUUUAGCUUUGCUUCCUGGCAUUUUACACAUUGCCAGAUCAGGUACAGUUCACAAUUCUGAACGAGAUUAUCAAUCUUUUCCUUAAUACCAUUUGAAAAUGAAAUUCCUCUGUUGUGUACAAAUGUUGUGUUUCCUCUACCAAGGUACAUUAUCCUACAUUUCUUGAAAUUGUUGCUUCUUGAAAUAAUUCACUUAAUUUUUCCUUUUCAUUUCCUCUAUGGUUCAUUUCUUAGUUUUUAAACUUUGUAGCUCUCAUCUGCUAGGUCCUUAAAAAUAUUAAUAUUGUUAUUAUUGUAAUAAUAAAAGAAUGACUGUCACAUUUGAGGGGAAAGAUGUAAUGAACAUUCGGGAUGUGAAUAAAUCUGUUCGGGCCUUAAAA